UGACAUAAUAACAUAUAACUAUGCACCUUCACACUAAAAUGACACAUUUCUGUGCCUGACAGUAAAUCUGAUCAUCUCCGAUGCCUCAUUUUCGUGGACCGUAAGAUCACGGCUAGAGCCAUCGAGCGGAUAAUGAAGAAAAUUGGACACCUCUCACAUUUUACUGUCUCUUUUCUUACUGGAGGGAGAUCUUCGGUGGAUGCUCUGACCCCUAAAACGCAAAAGGACACACUGGAUUCUUUUCGCUCCGGAAAGGUCAACUUAUUAUUUAGUACAGACAUUGCAGAAGAGGGUAUUGAUGUCCCAGACUGCUCAUGCGUGAAAGAUUUGAUUUGCCAAAGACUACUCGUAGUUAUGUGCAGUCACGUGGACGAGCACGCCAGAAGGACUCUCAGUACAUACUAAUGAUUGAACGGGGAAAUGUGAAACAAAAUAAUUUGAUGUCUACGAUUCUGAGAAGUGAGAUUUCUAUGGUUAGGACUGCUUUGAACAGAGAUUCCGAGGAUCUACUCCCUGCUUUCUUCCCUAUUGGAGAAAUAAAUGAAUACCGUGUUGGCACAACAGGAGCAAAAGUAACCGCUGAUUCUAGCGUUAAUGUCAUCGUCCAGUACUGCGACAAGCUUCCCAAGGACAAGUACCACACCAGAAGACCUUUAUUUGAGUUCACCGAUCAUGGUGAUGGUUUUGUGUGUAAAUUAACACUACCAUCUAGCGAUGUGCUGCCGCCUUUGGUGGGUCCAAAAGUAAGAAGCAAGCAGAAAGCGAAACAACUUGUAUGCCUUGACGCAUGCAAGCAGCUGCAUCUGCUAGGAGCACUUGACGACUGCCUUUGUCCUCGUGUUGAAGAGCCAUCAAUGGGAACCGUGAAUAAAGCCAACGCUUGCACAUCUAGUUCUGUUGCAGGUACGUGA